CCGAGCCGUGAAGGUGUCACGUGAUUUCAAACAUGGCGGACACGCCUGUGGGAAGAAGAAAUUCCCACAUUUCGUGUCUAUUUCCAGAGAUUCUGACUAUCAUUUUCAGUCAUCUAGAUGUAAGAGAUAAGGGAAGAGCUGCUCAGGUAUGUGCAGCUUGGAAAGAUGCUGCCUAUAACCGACAAGUAUGGCGUAAUGUUGAAGCAAAACUUCACCUGAAACGUGCGAAUCCUUCUUUGUUUCCGAGUCUUGUAAAACGUGGUAUUCGAAAAGUUCAGGUAUUGAGCUUACGCAGAACCCUGCGAGAUGUUGUGUGUGGCAUACAUAACAUUGAAAGUUUGAACCUGAGUGGAUGUUUCAAUAUAAACGAUGGUGCACUGUCGCAUGCAUUUACACAAGAAAUGCCUUCAUUAACAGUUUUAAACUUGAGUUUGUGCAAACAGAUAACUGACAGAAGUCUAGAAAGAAUUGCUCAAUAUUUGCAAAAUCUCGAAGUUCUUGAACUUGGCGGAUGUAGCAGUGUAACAAACACAGGCCUGCUAUUGAUUUCUUGGGGACUGAAGAAGUUGAAAGUUUUGAACCUGAGAAGCUGUAGACAUAUUUCUGACCACGGCAUUAGUCAUCUUUGUGGACUAAGUCCGCAUGCUGCACCAGGUACUCUGGAGCUAGAACAUUUAGGUUUACAGGACUGUCAAAAGCUAACUGACCAGUCAUUGAAACAUGUAAGCAGUGGGCUUGUACAUCUUAAGAGUAUGAAUUUAAGUUUUUGUGGAAAUGUGACAGAUUCUGGAAUAAAAUUUCUUUCGAAGAUGCCAAGUUUAAGAGAUCUUAAUUUACGGAGUUGUGACAAUGUAACAGACAGUGGUCUUGGAUUUUUAUCUGAAGGUGGCUCAAGGCUGGAAGUGCUUGAUGUCAGCUUUUGUGAAAACGUUGAAGAUCGAGGUCUUCAGUUAUUGUCUCAAGGAUUGUAUAGUCUAAGGAGCCUUUCACUUAGUGCUUGUAAUAUCAGUGAUGAUGGCAUUAUAAAACUUGUAGAUGCCCUACAGGAAAUUACAAUGCUAAACAUAGGACAGUGUGAUAGAAUCACAGACAAAGGCUUAAGUGCCAUCGGAAUGAAAUUGAAAAAUCUUAGAAGCAUAGACCUUUAUGGGUGCACGAGAAUUACAACAGUUGGUUUAGAAAAGAUAAUGCAGCUGCCAUGCCUUACAGCCCUGAAUCUUGGACUCUGGCAUAAAAGAGAUUAAUGUCUGACCUGCAUAUUGAUAAUUUUUGUAUUGAUAAUUUUUGUAGUAAUUAUAACUUUGAAACAAUGAAUUAUUACCACUAUUGGACUAUGAUCAUUUUUCAGAAAUAAGAUUUUUACUGUUUAUAUACUUAAUAGAUAUAAGAGAUUGUAUUAACAAAUUAGGUGUCCAUUUGCAUUCUUCCCCUCGGGCCCGGAUCAAGAAAGUUUUGACAGUCUAGAACGAAGAUGUCAUUGAUGAGGCGCACAGUGAGCGUUUGGAGUGGGUAGGUAUUGGAGGGAGUGCCUUUGCCUAUGUUAGGGAGUUUCCUCAGGAAAUUUUUUGAAAUACAUGUAUGAAAUGGUGGCCUCUGUUGCAUUUACUGGUGGCUGUUACUCCCCAGUCCCCUCAUUUUAGUGGGGUCAGGGGGCUCUUCCUCUGGAAAUUUUUGAAGUACAGCCAUGAAAUGGUGGCCUCUGGUGCAUUUUUAGGUCUAAAUUUUGAGGUAAUGCAAGGGUUCAACUCCCUCUUGAUGCGGGGGGGGGGGGUCAGGGGUCUGUCCCUGGAAAUGUUUGAAAUAUAGGUAUGAAAUGGUGGCCUAUGGUGCAUUUCUGGGCCUAAAUUUUGAGGAAAAAAUUAUUCCUUUGCCAAAAUAGUAGGGUUAGGGCUGUAACGAUUAUCCGAGUACUCGGAUAUCCAGGAGUCUGACCAAAAGUUCGAGUACAGAUAUUCGUCAUUGUCGAGAUUGUUGAAUUGUGAUCUUUUUCAUAAAUACAUGUAAUAUGUAAAAUUAUAUCUAUAGAACUAUAUUAAAGCCACAUUAAACGUCUUCAAUUAAUUUUCUUGCACGUCUAAGACGAUUACGCGUUGUCAGUUUCUAAACUGGAUGUAAACAAAUAUCUUUGGUAGAGUUAGCAUCAGUCUAUAUUCGAACCAAGAUUAAUGUGAAAUAUGUCAAAACAGUUAAUUAAUAUUUAUCAUUUAGGAAAUUAAUUUCAAUAAAAAGUAAAAUACACAAUUUCUGUCCUAUUAAUAAAGUUUUCAUAUAAAAAUGCGAAACUGCUACUAAAUACUGUGAUAUGAAAGACUGACUUUAUAACGUUCAUUUGAAAGUAUGGUCAAACAUUACAGAAGUCCAACGGCGAAGCUUGACCUAAAUUAAUAAGCAAAACAUGAAACAGAAGUCAAAAAUAUUAACUUGAGCACUAUGAGAUCUGCAAAGUUUAGAUUCCAUAAAGAAAAUGGUACUUAUAUAACAGUCUUGCAUUUUUGUAUCCUUGUAAGUUGUUGCUGGUGAUCCUUGGUUCGAUCUGUGAAUCGUCAGGUCAGACUCGCGGAUCUGAUCGCCACUUGUCCUAAGUAGGGUGCAUGUUAAUGAGUAUAGGUCACUCAUCGGCCAGGGGGGGGCGCGAGCCCCCUCGGUCCUGCCCUGGAUCCGGGCCUGCCCCUUUAAAACCCAAUUUAGCUGUAACUUAGGAAAAUUUUGCUACAAAUCAGGGGAAAAAAUGUUUAGGUUUGGGUGGAUUGAUAGGGUACAUACUCUCCAUUUUCAAAAGAGCAUAGUUGAAAUUGUCACAGAACAGUCAAGAGCAGCUUGCAUAUGUACACUGAAAUAGUGGUGGAAAAGGUCACAAAAAUGUACUUUAUGUUCAUUUUGAUUAUUCGACAUUUUGAUUAAUGCUUAGACCUUCAUUACGAUGUAUCGAUCAAAUGUAAAAAUACUGGUAUUUGAUUUAUAUCCAGAACUGGUACUCGCCCCUUAUCAUUUUAUAAAUAUUAUAUUUCUUUACAAAAUUGCAUAUCUUAUAAUGGUUGUAUAAAUCAGUUUUCACAUAAUAUAUUUUUUGUUGAAGUUUUGUAACAUAAUUGUAUUUUAUACUAAGAAAACAGCUUCAUAUUUUGCAAAUGUUUUUGAGUAAGGGUACUAAUUUCCACCAUCGAAAAAAAAAAUCUUCCAAAAUUUAUAAUUCAAAAGUAACAA